AUAAAAUGUGACAACUGUUACAGCUGAUAGGACACAAAUUUUUCUUUCAGUUUUCGCCAGCAAUUUGGUAGAAUUUAUUUAAUAAAUAAAAUAAGUGAAAUAUGACUGCCGUACCACCACCUUCAAAUGUAUCAACUUUAUUACCACUUGAACUUGUGGACAAAUGUAUUGGAUCUCGGAUUCACAUUAUAAUGAAGAACGAUAAAGAGAUGGUGGGUACGUUAUUGGGAUUCGAUGAUUUCGUAAAUAUGUUAUUGGAUGAUGUGACAGAAUACGAAAACACGUCAGAAGGAAGGCGUAUCACUAAACUAGACCAAAUUCUGCUCAAUGGCAACAACAUAACAAUGUUAGUGCCCGGCGGCGAUAUACCGGAAUGAAUCAACGAGUGAUAGAAAAUUAACAUAUAUAUUUUAGAGAUUUAACCUUAGUAUUAAGGACUAUUGAAUACAACUCAAGGUUAUACAAGU